UUUAGAUGCAAGUUAUCAUUCAAGUGAGAGACAAGCCUGUUUCCGAACCUUAUUCUAUAUUCUCAGAUUUGGGACAUUUAGGUGGAGUUAAGAAGAGAACUUAUAGCGACAAAUAAUUCUCCUUUGCUAUCUGUAAAAAACACUGCACAGACCCGUCUACGAAGUUUUUGUCAACGUUCACUAACGCUAGGUAAAGUUGUAGAGGAACCGCUGUGAAGUUCGUGCUCUGCUGAGAUCCUCACUCGGUGGAACCGUAAUAAAAGAAUCUCAACUGUCCCGCCGGGAUCUGGCAGUCACUAGUCCGCAGGCUGACAGAGCUACACAAACAGAGGGGAAAAUGACUGGCUAAAUUGGCAUCUGGUGUACAGAAUAUUGUAAGUUUAAAAAGAUAAAAAAUAGACGGUACAGCUUUGGUUUUUGCGAAUGGUUUGUAAUGAACUGGUUCAUUAAUUGGACUUUAUUUCAAAAGCACCUAUAAACUCAUUUCGGCUCUUUUCGCUUAUUCCGUGUGCAGAUCCCAGAAGAAGACUGUUUUGAAUGGAAAUCGUUGUGAUUAGCAAUAGCCGAGUUCCAGCCUUCCAAGAGGAUAUAAAGUGACAAUCAGGCAACUUCAGAAGACGAUUCUAGAACACCGGGAGAAAUUAGAAGUCAUAAUACAGCAGUAGGUCCGUUUGAACUCUUGCACUGCGGGUCGAAUCAAGGUGAAGAGACACGUGCCAAGUUGAAUGAAAUGGAAAUAAUCCUGAACGACCUGGAGCGCGCUAACCAGAGGGCAACACUGGCAGAGAAAGAGGUGUCUUCGCUGAAAGAGCGGUUUGACGACGCCAAACAGUCUCUUCAGAUCCAGAAAGCUUCCGCUAUGGAGCAAGCUGUAGAAGUGCUCAACCAGUCGACUUUGGAAACCGAACUAGCUGCUAAAGAAAAGAAGAUUUCCCAGCUAGCUGACGAUAUACAAAGUCUACAGUCUACAGUCAACAAUUUGAAAGAGACAAGUGCCUCGCAAAUAGUUCAUUUGGAGGAAUUAUUAGUAAAGAAAAACAAGACCAUUGAGGAACUGGAAGAAAAACUUACUCAGCAGAAGGAUUAUGCAAAGAUCAAGAAAGAAUUGAACAUCUUGAAAUACAUGGGUUUUUCUAACAAAAGAAACUCCAGAAACCAGCAUCAUUCACCUGAAUCAGGACCAGAUACUACUUCAAAACUGCUUUUAAGUAAAGAAGAAACUUUGAGACCAGAUACUACUUCAAAACUGCUUUUAAAUAAGGAAAAGGCUUUUCAGUCACAAAAUAUUUCUCUCAAAGAGACAGACUCUGAUUUGUCAGGGGAAGAAAUUGUAUCCAGUUAUACCAACGUAUUGAAAAAAGAAGAUUCCAGUGGCUCCCCAAGUACAACAACUUCACCUCAGGACAUGUGCUCUACAGAUGCUGAGCAGCAUAUGAAUGGUAGUGAACUGAAAUCACUGAGGCAUACCUUCAAACCUAAAAGUUUUUCCUAUGAUCAUGUGACUUUAGACAAACUCCAAGAAUGUCUGAGUCAAUGUAUGGAAAAACAUGUAGAUGAUACACUGAACACAUUAAACAUUUCACGAUGUGUACGAGAACUACUGAGCAUGCACAAUAUCGGGCAACGUAUUUUUGCAAAAUUUGUGCUUGGACUGUCUCAAGGUACUGUUAGUGAACUACUCUCAAAACCGAAACCAUGGGAGAAACUGACUGAAAAAGGAAGAGACUCUUACAGGAAAAUGCAUGCCUGGUCCACAGAUGAUAAGUGUAUCUACAUGUUGAAAGCCUUAGUCCCCAAAAAAGGAUGGUUGACGAGAAAACUAAGCCACAGUAAAGCUAUUUCUACAUCUGUGGCAGUUAAGCAAACAAGUAAAGAAUGCAUCAACAAUACAAAUCUCAGAAGCAAGUGCCAGGACAUUACACAAAGUAAGGAUUCAGGAGUUCCAUCAAGUAAACAAGAAGAUCCUGCUACUGAAGAACGUAUAGCACAGAUUUUAACUGAGGCUCAGAAUGCUAUGCUUAAUUCUAAAAGUAGGGAAAAGAAAAGCCCACAACGUAAUGGAAGCAUAAGCUAUUCAUCAUACAAUGGAAAUGCUUUAAGAUUUGAAGAAGAAGGCAAAGGUAGUGAAGUGGUUGACAAUGAAGGAGGAAGUACGAUUGAUAGGGCAUUAAACAUUAGUAAUAAUUGUAAAGAGUCCUUCCAGGCCAGUAACUUGCGACGAUCUAGAAAAUAUGACAAUGAUGACAUACCCCAGGAAAUGGUAGCAAGGAUCUAUCGAGAGGAGCUUGCGAAGCUCAUGGGGCAGAGAGUGGAAGAAGGUUUUCGUUUACCCCAAGCUCUAUAUGAACGUACCCAUGAAGAAAUCAGACAUGCAAUUAACAUCUAUCAUCAAGAACUCUCCUGUCUAUCUCAAGUCCUUCCUUUAAGUACUGCAAACCUCAACCAUAUCAGUACAGCUGCAGCUUUAGCAAACAGAAAUGCUUACACCUCAUUCACCCAUCCUAUCAGCUUAGCAACUUCCCAAUCUCAGCUGGAAGUGCCCAUCGAUGCCACAGUGCAGACACAGAGCCACAAAAAUGAUAAAAGAAGUGGCUGUGGUUCAGAGACAGAGAGUAUAUGUCGCCAUGGAAGUGCUUUCUCUUUAGUACGACCAAAGACAGAGACAGGAACUAGUCUUGUCAAACCAACAGUUUCACAUCAGUAUAACACUAAUCACACCUCCUUACCCACAAUGUCUGUGAUGUCUCUUGCUGAAAUGCCCCAUUCUGGUGAAGACCUUAGCACUUCAGCAUCACCACUGCAACAGAUGCAGUCCAUCACAAAUUCUUUAUUGUCACAGUCAUCUCUGGCAAACCUUCCCAACACUCCCCAGAGGCCCACAAAAGCAGUUCUCACACCUAUCACACAGCAUCAGUUUGACCAAUACAGCAACCUGAAUACUGAAGAAAUUGUAAAAAAUGUAAAGGAACAGCUAAGCCAGUAUUCUAUAAGCCAGCGAUUAUUUGGUGAAAGUGUUCUGGGACUCUCUCAAGGUUCUGUCUCGGACCUUCUUGCAAGACCUAAACCUUGGCAUCUGCUCACACAGAAAGGUCGAGAACCAUUUAUUCGUAUGAAGAUAUUUCUCGGGGAUGAGAAUGCAGUACAUAAGCUUGUGGCUUCCCAAUAUAAAAUUCCUCCGGAAAAGUUGAUGCGAACAGGAGGAUUUGGAGGACCCAGUAACUUACCCUCAGCUUCCAGUGAACUGCCACAUGGAACUGUGGAACCAGUAGCAGCACAUCAUCAUGCACUUGACAAAAGCUAUACUCUUCUAAACAUGAAACUACCCCUACCCAUGACUAUGAAACGUUCUUCCCCCACCACCUCACCAAGUAUUUCAGUGCCAACUAACCUGCCAUCUAGUACUCUCUCCACAGUCCACAACAAACAAACAACCUCAAGAAUGCCCCAUCAUAGCCCCCCAUCUAUGCCCUAUCUGCAACCAUCUGUAUACGAAAUGGCUGCUAUGACCACAGAUUUUGACACACAGAGUAUUACUUCCAAGAUUAAAGAUACACUCUUGGCUCACAAUAUAGGUCAGAAGAUUUUUGGUGAGGUUGUUCUGGGUCUAUCUCAGGGAUCUGUUAGUGAAUUAUUAUCAAAACCAAAACCAUGGCACAUGCUCAGUAUUAAAGGAAGAGAACCUUUUAUCCGUAUGCAGUUGUGGUUAAAUGACACAAAGAACCUAGAAAAGCUGCAAGCUCUUAAAAAUCAGAGAAGAGGAGCAAACAAAAGAAGAAAGAAUGAAACCUACAUGGAUGGCAAUUGGUCUCAUUACGAAAACCACACGUAUAAUCAUGCUUUCCCUCCUCCAUCUCAAUAUUUUUCAACCAAAAAACAACGGAUCUUAUUUUCUGAGGAGCAAAAGGAAGCACUACGUUUAGUGUUCUCCAUGGAUCCGUAUCCAAGUACAGCAACAAUUGAGUUUCUGAGCAGCGAGCUCAAUUUAUCAGUGCGAACAAUAACCAACUGGUUUCACAAUCAUCGCAUGCGUCUCAAACAACAACCUCUAUCUAAGAAUGAUGACAGUGAAACAAAUCCAGAGCACCUAGCGUCAGGGGUGAAAGAGGGCACAAAAUUCGACCCUGUUCAGUUUCGAAUGAUUUUAAAUCACAGGCUUGCAGAGCUGACCCGAAACAAAGGCAAUAAUACAUUUCAUAAAAUGUACUCAACUUAUCAGAACACUGCUGGGCAAUCUACCUUCAAUGAUAGCUUCGGUACAUUAGAUUUGAGUGUAUCUAGUCAACUCUUCCCCCGAAGAAGUAACAACGCUUAUGAUUUUCAAUUCACUUCAGAAACUGUAACUGGUGAAACUGAUGAUCAUACAAACAGCGAGCUCAAUGAAGACUCGAGCUAUUCAUACGACCGAGGUCUGUCAGAAAGUAGUGACAGAGAGUCUUUGUCUUCGUACGAUACGCGGCAGGAACAAGAAGAUUUUAAAAGUUCAGUGAGCGCGCCAUCUAGUAGCAGUAAAAGGAGAAAGCCUGCUAUGCCACAAUGGGUAGACCCCGGGAUGGAAAUGUCUCCUGAUAGUGAUCUCUGCAGUGAAAGUGAAAACAAUGAAGAAGAACCACUUAAAAAAGGGGAUGAAGAGAUAAUAAAUGGUGUUUGUGUCCUUCAAACUGGACAGUUUGAUCUUCGUGUAUCCAAGGAACACACGGUAUGCAUUGAACCUGCUCCAGCUCCUGAUAUAAAAUCUAGGAGCAAGCAAGAACCCGUAAAUAGGGAUCUAAUAUUAGAAGUCACAAAUAAAGAAGGCUUGACAGCCACUGAAAACAAGGAAUUCCAAGGAAACAUCAAAAUCCAUAGAAAACAUAAUAUUGAAAGACUUGAGAGAUGUCUACAGGAUCAGGGUCAAGACUGGGAUGUUGAUGAUGAAGUGGGAAAAAAAACAUUAUAAUAAAGAAAGUUGGCGCCAAAGAUAAAAUGUUAAUGUGUAGUGAAAGUGUUAGUAAUUUAUUUUUCACGUAGUGGGAAGGAUGAGACCUCUCUAUAAAAAUAAAUAAAACGUGUAUAUCAUACUAUUAAUAACUGAAAGGUCAAAGAGCAAUCUUCAAAGUGGAAUCUGGUCGAACUUUGAAUGUGUGUUUUGGGUUCAACAUAUUUGGCUUGUUAGUGGCCUUGAAGGUACUAUCCCUAAACUAUGAGAAAGAUAUAUAUGAAAAACAAAAACUUUUGGGAUUAGUUGAACAUAGAAUAAACUUAGCAUUAGAAGUAAGAACGAUUCAAUGUGAUAAUACCAUUACAGCCUUCAUGUUGCUGCCUCAGCCAAAGAAGGUUUAAGCCAGAGAAGAGAGUCAGUCAGAGUAUAGCAUCCACGAAGUGGUUCCUUAAAAAUAAGACUUAAUUGCUGUGUUUGUUUGUUUGUAAUUAAGCACAAAGCUACACAAUGAGUUAUCUGUGCUCUUUCCACCACGGGUAUCGAAACCCGGUUUCUAGCGUUGUAAGUCCGCAGACAUACCGCUGUUCCACUGGAGGACAUAAUUGCUGUGUUUGGUGAAAAGAACUCUGCAUAAUCAACACAAAUAUUUAAUCCACUCUGUGUCCACCUGAUAAUGUAUUAAACUGUACAUAACUUUAAAGAUAUUUAAAUUUAAAUGGUUACAAGUUGAUGGCUCUUAGUUACUUUAAACUAAUUAUUUUAUUACGCUUUUCAAUAAUGUGUAGAUACACAAGUAUGCAAUCAUUUUUUUUUUCUCUUUUUAUCUAAUCUGGCUGUUCUCUACGAAUAGGUUGAAGAUAUGUAAUCAUCACGUCAUUCAAAUCAUUGGAAUUGUUCAGUUUUUCUGAAAAUGCCUUUUCAGGUCAGACCUGAAGCUAUCCAAUAGGUACCAAUGACUAAAUGUAUCUCAUCUUGGCCGAGUAUACAAAAUGCUAUCAUUUCCGUGUAGGAUUUGAACUCUAACCUGAAAUAUAAAAUUCGACUUUAGUCUAGUGUAUAAACAUCCGCUAGUCCUGUUGUUGUAUGUGUUUUCUUAAUACUAGCGAUUUUGGCUCAGUAAGUUUAAUGUUAUAUACAGCAUUUAAUAUAGCUUUGAAAUUUUCCCAUGUUUAUGAAUCUUAAAUAUUGCCGUAUCUUUUUAACAGUUACUGAUCAUUUUUCUCUGGAAAAUUUUGCACCUUUCCUAAAAUACUUUAACCACGAGAAUCCUUAUUUCUAAAACGGAACGAUUUCCUUAAACUUUAAAAUGAAAGCGCUCUAUGCAAUCUGGAAUUACAAUUAGUUUCUAGUGUUCCGAAUGUUAGAAACUAGUAAUUGUGAAGAAUACGCUAAGAACACCUGGCGAAAACUCAUUUUGCUUUAACCUUGUGUACUACAGUCAUGUUCGACACAGAUAGAGAUGAACGUUAUUCUAGGAACUCCAGAGAGAGUUAUGUGUGUGACAUUAAAUUACCCAAAAUAUAAUUCUGCUUUGGUCUUACUCAAAAUUGGAAGCUUUCUUUCUUUUGUUGUUAAGCUCAAAGCUAUACAAGGCCUGCAUGUGCUGUUCCGGGGGGGGGAUAAAUUGGUUUUGUUUUUCGCGCAAAGAUACUCUUUUUUUACCAACGAAUCAUAUUAUAACGCCCCCACGGCUGAAAGGGCGAGCAUGUUCGAUGUGACAGGGAUUCGAACACGCAGAUUGCGAAUCGAGUGUCCUAACCACCAGGCCAGGAAAUGGGAAUCAGAAUGGAAUUUUCAAAGCAUAACUUUACCUGCUUUCGGACUUAAUUUGUUUGAUUUAAAACUGAAAACAAAAGAGUACUAUAUCCUUUCUUCAGUUAUUUGAAUUGUAUAAAAUUCAUAAGACUAAUUAUAAACGAAGAACAAACAUUUGGAAAAGGAAAGCUUAUAUAUAUAUAUAAAGAGGGUUUGUUUGUUUGGUAUUAAGUACAAAGCUACACAAUGGGCUAUCUGUGCUGUGCCCACUACGGAUAUCGAGAUCCUGUUUUUAAAAGUUAUAAUAAUAAGAGGGAACCUAACAACUCGUCUAAUAGUUAAUUUUAAUAAUUAAGUAACAUUUUAAAUAUUAAUACCAACUGGAAACAUAAAUUUGAUAAAUGUGCUUUUUGAUUUAGUAUAUGUUGAUUAUAUAUAUACGCUAGCCACGGUUGAAUAUCAAAUAAUGUACACACAAUGUUCUAAAAAAAUUGUCUAUUACCAGUUCUUGUCAUUACCAUUAAGUCAUCGCGGAAAAUGUAUAUGGUCACGGCUCCCAAAAGCGUUGGGGAUAUUCCAUUUAUCAGACCUGAUCCAAACGCAGAUGUCGAACUAGUUAGCAGCCACGGAGAAUCAAUUAGGGGUUAGAAGAUAAGUGUUUAAACUCACAACGUCUUAACUCCUAUCGUCCUUCGCUGUCUGCAGCCAGUUGUGGGAAGGCAGUCAACCCCAAUCUUUAGACAUAAAGAAAAAACUUGUAGUAAUAGAAGUAAACCACCCUAUAUUUCUACAAUUUUAAAAACUCCAACCUUUUAAUAUUUAUUAUAAAAUGAUGUUCAGUGGUGUUAAAUAGAACUAGAACUCUUACCUCAAUAGUUCUGUAAUAAUUAUUUAAACACACACACCCACCUUUCUUUCUUU